AUGGCGGCCCCCGAGUUUCCCGUGAGGGCCCUUGUGUUUGCGUUGCUCAUUUGUUCCGUGGCUAGUUACCCCAACGGAAAAGUCACAAUGUCCUGCGGUGGGAUGACCCCCCAACAUGGCCACAGCCCACAGUCUGAGCCUGUUCACCAAAUCACAGUGAGUCAGAUGAAGUUCAAACCCGGAGACCAGAUUCAAGUUACUGUAUCCGGGCCGCCAUUUCGAGGCUUUCUCUUAGAAGCUCGUGAUGCCGAGGAUUUGAGUGGUCCUCCUCUUGGCUCCUUCACACUGAUUGACAGUGAAGUGUCGCAGCUUCUUACUUGUGAAGAUGUACAGGGUUUCGCUGUGAGUCAUACAAGCUCAUCCAAGAAGACAGAAAUUAAAGUAUACUGGAACGCUCCAAGCAGUGCCCCAAAUCACAUACGAUUUCUAGCCACAGUUGUUGAGAAGUAUAAGAUCUACUGGGUGAAGAUUCCCAGUCAUGUCAUUUCACAACCAAAUGCUCCUCCCUUUACCACGCCUGAAGCCACAGCCCAGCCGUUGACAACAUCCCCUUCUGUCGCCCACUUAACCAAGCCAUUCAGCGCCUCCGAGUGUGGGAACACGAAGUUCUGUGUCAGGAGUCCUUCGAACUGUGACCCAGAGAACGAGCCCUCCUGCGUCUUCUUGUCCUUCACCAGAGAUGACCAGUCGGUGGUGGUUGAAAUGAGUGGUCCCAGUGAAGGCUACCUGUCCUUUGCAUUUUCUCGUGACCGGUGGAUGGGUGACGACGAUGCUUACUUGUGCAUUCGUGAAGCGACAGUGUACAUACAGCCUUCCUAUUUGACAGGGCGGAGUUCUCCUGUGAUGGACUCCAGGGGGACGCUCAAGGAUAUGGCCUGGAGGCUGGCGGAUGGCGUCAUACAGUGUUCAUUCAGAAGAAACAUCACCCUGCCUGGGGUUAGGAACAGAUUCGCGUUAAACGAAAGCUACUACAUCUUCCUAGCAGAAGGUGCUGCCCAUGACGGCCGAAUUUUUAGGCACUCUCAGCAACCUUUGAUAACGUACGAAAAAUACGAUGUGACAGGCACGCCCAAGAACGUAGGGGGGUCCCACUCGUCACCCCUUUUAAAGGCUCAUGGUGCCUUAAUGUUUGUGGCAUGGAUGACCACAGUUAGCAUAGGAGUGCUGGUUGCCCGGUUCUUCAGAUCUGUGUGGUCCAAAGCUUUCUUCCUCGGUGAAGCAGCUUGGUUUCAGGUGCAUCGGAUGCUCAUGCUCGCGACAUCUGUGCUCACCUGCACUGCCUUUGUUCUGCCUUUUGUGUACAGAGGAGGCUGGAGUCGGCGCGCAGGCUACCACCCAUACCUCGGCUGUACGGUGAUGAUCUUAGCUGUCCUUCAGCCUCUGCUGGCCACCUUCAGACCAUCUUUACAUGACCCGAGGAGGCAAGUGUUUAACUGGACUCACUGGAGUGUGGGGACAGCUGCUAGAAUAAUAGCAGUGGCAGCCAUGUUCCUAGGAAUGGAUUUACCUGGUCUGAAUCUCCCCAGUCCACAGAAGACCUAUGCCAUGAUGGGCUUCGUGGUCUGGCACAUCGGGACGGAGGUGCUUCUGGAAAUCCAUGCUUAUCGGCUCUCUCGAAAAGUUGAAAUAUUGGAUGAUGAUAGAAUUCAGAUCCUUCAGUCACUAACUGUCGCUGAAGCAGAGGGCCAUGUUUUUAAGAAGGCGGUGUUGGUGAUUUACAUAUGUGGGAAUCUGACUUUCCUCAUGAUAUUCUUAUCUGCAAUCAACCAAGUAUGAGCAAGCAAAGACUGUUUUUUUGUGGGCCUGGGUCAUAAUUAUCAAAACAAGGAGACCUGGAGCUUGUGCUGACUGCCAGGAAGGUGUUUUAAUUUGGAAGACCCAUGGGCAUUUCUAACGGAAUUCUGAAGUCUGGUUUAUCCAGAUUAUAUUCAGCCAGGCCAUACAGCCUGUGUAUUGAUGUCAAUCAAGCCUUUGUGUGUUACUGCAUCUUAAAAGGAACAUUGGUACUCCAGGUGAUGUGACUCUCAACAUCCCAUGCCAUAUUUAAAACAGUUAACUAGAAUGAUUAACAAAUGAAGAGAAUUACCUCAGGCAAAGGAUAAAUGGAGAUUGUAUCUUUGGGAAUGAGACAGAUUUUGUGUAGCCCAGGCUGACCUCCAACUGCUGUGUAACCAAGGAUAACCCCCAACCUAUCUUCCUGCCUCUGCUUCUGGGUGGUGGGAUUACAGGUGUGUGCCACUGUAUCUGGUUUUAAAGGGACUGUAAUUUUCAUGACAAUGCUGCUGUGGGAACUUUAAAGAAACAUUUAUGUUGACUAGUUUAUUUAGAGAUCUUAGAUUUUUUUAUCUUACUACAUUUUGAUGUUUUUAUGAGCACACACAUACACAUACACACAGACUCCAAACAAAGAAAAUCUAUGAGAAAAAAAAAAACAUGUUUCCUAGUCCCCAGUUUGGGACAUGUUCUUUGCCGUGUGUGUUGCAUUACUUCUGGUACAUUUCGUUAACAUUUAAUUAUAUUGUGAAUAUUACAUUUUCUUUGUUAGCAGUGAAAUGCAGUAGGCAUCUUCUGCUUAGAGAUAUUCUUUAUUUAUUUUUUUUCAUCCAUGGAGCUGAAAUGGCAUUUUGUUUUGUUUCAGCUCUAAAAUGAGUCCUUCCUUACAGGAGAGAGAGAUCAAAGCCAUGAAUUCCACAUUUGCUAAAACUCACCCUUGUGAGCAUGUCCAACCGGUGCUCUCAUGUCUUGUGAGGAUAAAAUAACAUGGACGGGUUCCUUUGGAACAUCCCUGGUGCUCGAGUAACUCAGCACAGGUGAUGUUUUCCUCUCUACUUACCAUUUCUAUCUCGAUGUUUGCUAUGAGGGCUUACAGCCAGUGGGUGGCGCUGUAACACCAGAGGACUCAUCUGUUCACCUUCAGGUUUUUUUUUUUUUUUAUAUUUUUUUCAUUUUUUAAAUGGGGCUAUUUUCUUACACUCUAUGGCUCUUAAUUUUUUUUUCCUUUUUGGGUUGGGGUAGUAGGUGCUAUAAACUUAAAUUAGUGACUGGUGCUAUUACAUUCUGACAAUUUAAAAAAAAUUAUUUAUACCGAAUGUUUGAUAUUUUCUUUUAUAUUCCUCCAACCCUGUAGCAAAUGAAGAUAAUUUUCUUAGGCAAAGGAAACAAACAAAACUGGACAUUUGAAAAAUAAAAGAAUUGGGAGGGGAUAUAUUUUAUUUCUUUGAAUAUUCUUCCCGAUUAUGAUAUAGUUUCUGCUUGGCCCCAGAACCCUAUUUCUAUCUCUGAGUAAUGACUUCGGCAUCAUGUUUUUAUUUCUAACAAAUAAAGUGAAAUUUUCCUUUUA